AAGACAUAAACACUACAACCAUGAAACUAUUUAUUAUCACACUUUUGGCUGCUGCAGCCACAAGCCAGGCUUCGCCUUUAAAUGCGAGCUGCACUGUUACCUCCUACUCUGCAGUAGCUGCAGCUCUACAAAGCUGCAAUGCAUUGAUAUUGAAAGGUAUAACCGUCCCAGCUAAAACUACUUUGGAUUUGAAAUUGAAAAGUGGAGCUUCUUUGACGUUCGCUGGUACUAUCCGUUUUGCUUUUGCUGAAUGCGAAUGGGCAGGACCUCUGAUUCAAAUUAAAGGCGACAAGGUUACGGUUAAUGGUGCUGGAGCUACUUUGGAUGGAGAAGGUCCAAAAUACUGGGAUGGAAAGGGCGACAAAGGAUGCGUAAAACCCAAAUUCCUCAAAAUAAAAACCACAGGUGGUUCGACUAUCAAAAAUAUCAAACUUUUGAACUGUCCCAAGCAAUGUGUCUCCAUUAAUUCUGCAAGUAACACCGUCUUGGAGCACUUUAAUAUUGAUGUUUCUGCCGGAGAUAAAGGCGCUUUGGGUCGCAACACUGACGGUUUUGACGUAUCCGGCUCUUCGGACAUCACGGUCCAAAACAGUAUAGUCAAGAACCAAGACGAUUGCGUGGCCGUUAAUCAAGGAAAUAACUUCAUCUUCCGCAACUUGACUUGCUCUGGUGGUCACGGGUUGAGUUUGUCCGUCGGACAAAGUUCAGUAUGCGGUCCCCCAAACACAGUUAAAAAUGUAGUGUUUUCUGACUGUACCGUCCUAAACUCAGAUAACGGUAUCCACGUCAAGACCCAUUCAGAUGCCGGUACCGGUUCUGUGUAUAAUAUCACUUACAAAAAUAUCAAAUUGUCUGGCAUCAGGAAGUACGGCAUCAACGUACAAGAGGACUACGAAAAGGAUCAUUCCUGUGGAAAUCCGAAAGGCAACAUUCCAAUCAAGAAAUUGACCAUGAGCUCCAUCACUGGUUCUAUGACUGGCGCUAAAGGUAUAGGUGUUUAUAUACUUUGUGCAAGUGGAGGAUGCAGUACCUGGUCUUGGUCUGGUGUUUAUAUUAAAAAUGAUAAAGGAAUGAAGAACAAUUGUAACUUCGAACCCACUGGAUUUUCUUGUUAGAUCAAUAAUUAUGAUUAAAAAUGUUAUUUGAUUAUUUUCUUUUGUUUUGAUGACACUCUUUGCAAUGCUGAGGCUAAGGGCUGAUGGUGUCCAACCUAUAACAGAGAAUUUAAGAAUUCCCAAACAUUUUGUGAAUAUAUCCAGCUAUCUAAGAAUCAGUAGGACAUUGUUAAUUCCAAUCACACUGUUUUUCAUUUGUGAAGUGAUACCAUAUCCUACAUCCAUAUCAGUUUAGGUCUCUUGAUAAAUUUUCUGGUUCUGAUAAGUUUUAUAGCACUCCGAUUGUCUAUAUUUUAUCAAUACAAUCACAGGAAAAAAUAGUUUUUCUAUUUGUAAAUAUACAAAUAUACAUGGUUAGUGAAACAUCAAGUGAAAUACUGUGCAAACUUUCUUUUUAUUUUUGUCAUAUCAAUAUUUUUUUUUUGCGUUUCCUUCUUCUGUUCAUUUUCAUUGUCAUUAGUCAUGUUUUCUUCAUCUAUAGGUAGGUACCGUCAACCGGGGUAAAGUCGAUCUGUCGGGGUAAAGUCGAUGCAACUGUCAAAAAGAGACGUUUUAGUGCGCAUGACCUAAAAUGCGUGUUGUAGAGCGGUGCAAACCGCGGGAUAUUUUGGCAGAUAGAUUCGACAUACCGGCUAGGGUGUUUCAGAGCGUUUUUGUAAGUUGUUUUUCAAAAUAAAAUUAAUUUUAUAAUACGCGUAGUUUUCGGUUGUUUCAAAACUUUUGAAAAACUUCAUGUGGACCUAAGACAAGGUAAGGCCUGCAUGUUUUUUCAAGGUACUAUCUGGUCAAGU